UAAGAGGAAGAGAACAUACAGUAAUGGAGUAUAUGAGCACUGGUAGUGAAAAUAAGGAAGAAUUUGACUUACUGCUGACAGAUUUAAAUAUGUCCGAAGUAAUUGACAUCAUGGAGAACCUUUAUCCCAAAGGUGACCUGACAAUUUACAAAGACAGCCUCAUUGCUCUGCACCCAGAAAAGAACAAAAAUGAGGAACGGACUGAAUCUUUGCUGUUCAGUCGAAGGGAAGUUUCUUUGCUUUCGUGUGUCAAGUAUGGGACAGUGGAAGACCUGCUCGCAUUUGCCAAUCAGGUGUCAAACACCGCAAAGCAGUUGUGCCAGCACAGGAGACAAGAAUCUGGAAUCAUAUUGAACAUGAUCAAACCGAAAAAUGGACGCUAUAAGAUUGAUUCGGACGUGCUUCUAUUUCCUUGGAAGCUCACAUACAGAAAUAUUGGGACUGACUUCAUUCCACGGGGAGCUUUUGGGAAAGUAUACUUGGCACAAGAUACAGAAACCAAAAAGCGGAUGGCUUGCAAACUGGUUCCUGUGGAGCAGUUCAAGCCAUCAGAUGUUGAAAUCCAAGCCUGUUUUCGCCAUGAAAAUAUUGCUGAACUUUAUGGAGCCAUCUUAUGGGAUGAGACAAUCCAUCUCUUUAUGGAGGCAGGGGAAGGAGGCUCUGUCCUAGAAAAGAUAGAAAGUUGUGGGCCUUUGAGAGAAUUUGAAGUCAUCUGGCUGGCCAAACAUAUUCUCAAAGGACUUGAGUUUCUUCACUCAAAGAGAGUUAUUCAUCAGGAUAUCAAACCAAGCAACAUCGUUUUCAUGUCAACCAAAGCUGUUUUAGUGGAUUUUGGACUUAGUGUUCAAAUGGCAGAAGAAGUUUAUUAUCCCAAAGAACUUCGAGGAACAGAGAUUUACAUGAGUCCAGAGGUGAUUCUCUGCCGAGGCCAUAGUACAAAAGCUGACAUCUACAGCCUGGGAGCAACCAUCAUCCACAUGCAAACUGGCAUUCCACCAUGGGUCAGUCGAUAUCCUCGUGCAUCCUAUCCCUCCUAUCUCUACAUAAUCCAUAAGCAAGCUCCGCCCCUUGAGGACAUUGCUGAGAACUGCAGUGCUAAUAUGAGACAGUUAUUGGAAGCAGCUCUUGAAAGGAACCCCAACCAGAGACUUUCGGCUACAGAAUUGCUCAAACAUGAAGCCUUGCACCCAUCACGGGAGGAACAGCCCCGGUGUCAGAGUUUGGACUCAGCUCUUUUUGCACGAAAGAGGUUGCUGGAGAAGAAUGAGUUGGAACUCUCUGACAACAUUACAGAUUCUUCAAGUCUUGGAAUUACUGAGGAGUCGGAUUUGCUGAGGAGACAACGCUCAUUAUAUAUAGACCUUGGAGCAUUAGCUGGCUACUUUAAUAUUGUCCGUGGAUCAACAACACUAGAUUACGACUAGACUUGGGGAUCUCUCAUGUGGAACUGAACAGGACUAAUUAUAUAGAGAGAGGUGGGAGAGAGAGAGCAUGAGAGCUUUUAAUUGGCUGUGCUUGGAUUCCUUGAACUCUAACGAUGUUUAAUGAAUGUACUGGAUGAGUUCCAUUGCUACUUUUAAUCACGCACAAAAAAUACACACACACACACACACACACACACACACACACACGCUUGCUCUGGUAACUCUAAUUUUUAAAAUGCAAUUACACUGACAAUGAGUCCUUUCCUUGGUUUCUAUUACUUGGCUUAUGUUAAAAAAAAAAUCCCUUACCUUUUCUUAACCUGUAGUUCAACCCCUAUUUUCCCAUUGUCUUCUUACUAAGUGAAUGAAGUAAUAUUGGAGCAAAAGAGCAUAUUUAUGAUCCCCCACUAGUUUUGUUUAUGCUUAGUUUUGAUUAUCAAGUGAGAUAAGCAUAUCCUUUUAAAAUAAUAUUUUGGGGCUUCAUUUUAGGGGGGGGAGGCAUUUCCCCUAACUCUUAGUGCUGUGGCAAUGACCUCCUUUCUUUCAAAGUGUGGGUAUGGCAAAUUGAAGAAUUCUGUACAUAAGCUAAGAACAUUUCCAAGAAUUCUGGGUCACCUAGUUUCUUAAUGAGAGGGACAUGGAGGCUCAGUGGCUAAGACGCUGAGCUUGUCAAUCAGAAAGAUUGGCAGUUUGGCGGUUCGAAUUCCUAGUG